AGCACCAACAUCCCUCCAAUUAGGCACUCACAAUCAUUGCAUAUCUUAUUGAUAUUCCUCUUCAUAUUACCCAAGUUGUUCUUCAGCCACAUUCUCUGUGUAUUUCUGUCUCUCUGCCUCCCCCUUCCUUUCUUCAGCUGAAUUACAGUGAAAUAAAUAAAAAAAUAGCUGUGAUUUGAACUGUAGUUUUGCAAUCAUCAUUUGGGUUUUUUGUUGUUAUUUUCUCAACGCUGUGUUAGCUCUAGUUUUUACCAUUUGUAUGCGCAAUGAGAUUUCUGGGGUCAGCCAACAUGAAGCUUUUGUGGGUUGUGGGGUUUAUGGGGUUACUGUUUUGCAGAAGAACAGAUGGAACUUUUAUUAGGGAAGUGAAUGUCACCCAGGAACAAGACCUGCAUUAUACACAGAGUAAUGUGUAUGGCUAUGCAGCUUAUGGUUAUGGGGUUUCCACCAGACCCUUGAUGGUGGGUCUCACUCUCAUCAAUGGAGCUGCUGCCAAAGGAGCAGGUUCUCUUUGGUCACCCAAAAAUGAAAAAUGGAAAAGAUAUUAGAAUUUACAGAUUACUGUGUUUUUUCAAUGAUUUAACUGUGUAUCUUGAUGUGCAUACCCCUUCUUUAUGAUUCUGUUUGUUUAUUAAAGUUUGUUUCUUUGUCGAACGAUUCAAUGGAUUCAUUGAUAGUUGAAAGUAAAAUCAUCUGUUUCUUAGUUACAUGCUCAUGUGGCCAAUUCCAGGAAAUGCAAAGGAAAGGAAGUGAUGCCUUGAGUCAUAUGAUUAGUGUCCAAAUAAUGCAUAUGCUUGCGCAAAAAGAAGGACUUAUCAGAUAUUCAAUAUUUCAAUGUGCAGUCUGCCUAGAUGGAACAUUACCAGCUUACCACAUCCACCGCGGAUACGGGUCAGGAGCAAACAGUUGGCUCGUUCAGUUGGAGGGAGGAGGAUGGUGUGAUACAAUCAGAAAUUGUGUCUAUCGUAAGAAAACUCGUCGUGGUUCAUCCGCAUAUAUGGAGAAGCAGAUACCGUUUUCAGGGAUAUUGAGCAACAAGGCUGGAGAAAACCCUGACUUUUACAACUGGAACAGAGUUAAGGUUCGAUAUUGUGAUGGUGCAUCUUUCAGCGGUGACAGUCAAAAUGAGGCUGCCCGAUUGCAUUUUCGAGGGCAACGUAUCUGGAAAGCUGCUAUGGAAGACUUGAUGUCAAAGGGAAUGCGUUAUGCUAAUCAGGCUCUUCUUUCUGGAUGUUCUGCUGGUGGUGUUGCAACUGUACUCCACUGCGAUGGAUUUCGUGCAAUGUUUCCCUCAACUACUAAAGUCAAGUGCCUCAGCGAUGGUGGAUUGUUUCUUGACGCAAUUGAUGUAUCUGGUAGGCGCACUUUGAGAAGUAUGUUUAGAAGAGUGGUUAGCCUACAGGGGGUGCAAAAGAAUCUCCCAUGGAGUUGUACCAAUCGCCUCAACCCGACUUUGUGCUUUUUCCCCCAGCACUUAAUUGCAAGUGUCAAGACUCCCCUUUUUCUGGUCAAUGCAGCUUAUGAUACAUGGCAGAUCCAGGCCAGUUUAGCUCCACGAACAGCAGACCCUAAUGGCCUUUGGCAUGCAUGCACAAACAAUAAUGCAAACUGUGCUGCAUGGCAAAUUAAGUUUUUGCAAGGUUUCCGGUAUCAGAUGCUCAAAGCUGUAAGCGGAUUCUCGAGGGCCGGUAAAAAUGGUUUGUUCAUAAAUUCUUGCUUUUCUCAUUGCCAGACCGAGAGACAAGACACCUGGUUUUCUCAAAAUCCUCCCCUUAUUGGAAAUAAGGGGAUAGCAAAAUCAGUCGGAAACUGGUAUUUCGAUCGGUAUAGUACCAAAGCUAUAGAUUGUCCGUACCCUUGUGACAAGACCUGCCAUAAUCUGGUGUUUAAGUGAAAAUAUCUGUAUAUCAUCUCUAUUUAUGUCUUCUCUCCCUAAUUUAUAUUGCCAAGGGCAUGUAAUGCAACAUGUACUCUUUGAAAUGAGUCAUUGCUGUGAAGCUCGAAGAGUGAUCAGCAUGUUCAGGUAUCGUUUUUAUAAUCCAACAUAUAAACGGAAUAAUCUUUGCUUAAAUUUCAGUUAUAUAUUUUGACAA